AUGCAUUACCCUAAAGAGCACUACCUCACUAUCUCCCCUCAACAUCCCAAGAAUGAAUGGCAAGUCCCUGGCUCAUCAAAGAGUGGAUGCAUCACCCCAAAGAGCACUACCUCACUAUCUCCCCUCAACAUCCCAAGAAUGAAUGGCAAGUCCCUGGCUCAUCAAAGAGUGGAUGCAUCACCCCAAAGAGCACUACCUCACUAUCUCCCCUCAACAUCCCAUGAAUGA